AUGUCUCACCCUCUCGCUAUCCUCUCCAUCGAGGAGACAAAUCUCGCCCGCGAUGUGGUCAAGUCCCUCCACCCUGGUGUUGUGAUUGACUUUCGGGAGAUCUUCUUACAAGAGCCGCCAAAGGCUCAACUGGUGGACUUUCUCGCAAUUGAACACGCGGGACGAUUGAGCCCGACUACCCCCAGACCUGCGCGUCUAGCUCUGUGUCAAUACGAUGUGAUUGGACCCGAUCGUAUUCCCCAGUUUCACGAGUCUGUCAUCGAUGUUGUUUCUCAAUCACGGGUCAAACACACCGUGGUGGGGAAAGAACAUCAUGCCAGUUUGACCUUGAGCGAAUUUGACGUUCUCGUCGAUCGGUGCAUGAAGUCCCCUCUUUUCCAGAAAGCUCUGUCCGAGUUCGACCUCCCCUCCGGGUUUGAAGUUGUCAUUGAGCCAUGGCCAUAUGGCGGGCUCGAUCAUACCGAUGAGAACAAACGUUUCUUCCAAGGACUUUGCUUUGCUCAAGACAAAAGAUCUGGCAAUGAAGACUCUAACUUCUAUUCUUUCCCAUUGCCCAUCAUUCCUGUGAUGGAUGCCCAUACUCAAGAGAUUAUCCGAGUAGAUCGACCAGCUACCGGUGGAAAAGGGGACGGGCUCCUUGAGCAAACAUUCAAGAGAGAUAUCAUUGGGCAUUGCAAGCCGUCUGAAUACGUGCCAGAGCUUUUGCCGGAAGGAACCCGCAAAGAUCUUAAGCCACUGAAUGUGAUCCAACCUGAAGGUCCAUCUUUUCGAGUGACGAACGAAUCGCUUGUGGAAUGGCAGAAAUGGCGGUUCCGUGUCGCUUUCAAUCCGCGAGAGGGAGCUACAAUUCAUGAUCUAUCGUACAACGGACGCAGUGUCAUGCAUCGACUGGCAAUAAGUGAAAUGACCGUCCCUUACGCCGAUCCUCGACCCCCUUUCCAUCGAAAACAGGCAUUUGACUUUGGUGAUGGCGGUGGAGGAAAUAUGGCCAACAACCUCUCCCUCGGCUGCGAUUGUCUCGGGGUGAUCAAAUACUUCGAUGCAAUCAUCACGCAGGCUGACGGUACAGCUCAAAAGCUGCCAAACGCAAUUUGCCUUCAUGAGCAGGAUAACGGGAUUGGUUGGAAACACUCCAACUGGCGCACCGGUCGUGCAGUCGUGACACGAAACCGGGAGCUAGUUGUCCAGUUCAUCAUCACGCUGGCGAAUUAUGAAUACAUAUUCGCUUACAAGUUUGAUCAGUCUGGAGGGAUUAUCAUCGAGGCCCGCGCUACUGGCAUUCUAAAUGUCGUCAAUAUCGACGCUGGCAAGGUCAGCGAAUAUGGAAAUGUGGUCUCCGGUGGUGUGUUAGCGCAAAACCAUCAGCACAUAUUCAAUAUACGGAUUGAUCCUUCCAUCGAUGGGCCAAACAACUCUGUCGUUGUGGAGGAAUCUCACCCGGUCGCGAUGAAUGCGGUCACCAAUCCCAACGGAAACUUCUAUCAAGUCACUAAGAAAACGGUAGAGCGUGCAUCAUGGAUUGAUGCAGCUCCACAGCUUAAUCGCACCAUCAAAAUGAUCAAUCCCAACAAGACCAAUCCCGUUAGUGGUAAUCCAGUGGGCUACAAAUUCAUCCCGCUGGCAACUCAGACCCUGCUUGCCGAUCCGGAGUCGGUGCAGGCGCGCCGCGCUCAAUUUGCCCAGCAUCAUGUCUGGGUGACGAAGCAUCGGGACGGGGAGCUUUACGCCGGCGGUCGGUACACGCUACAAAGCCAGACAGAAGUGGAAGGUGUGGCGGAUGCAGUACGCCGCGGGGAAUCCGUUGUCGACACAGACGUGGUUGUCUGGAAUUCCUUUGGUAUCACCCAUAAUCCCCGGGUAGAGGAUUGGCCUGUGAUGCCGGUUGAAAUAUUCCAACUCAUCAUUCGACCCGCGGACUUCUUCGCAGCCAAUCCCUCCCUUGACGUCCCAUCCAGCAAAAAUGGAUCGUCGCGACUUGCCGACGCAGACUGUUGCCGUAAAUCCCAUAUUUGA